AUGCAGUUAUGGAACGAUUAUUUUAGUGAAGAUGCAACGUAUCCUUCCCACAUGUUUCGACGCCGUUUUAGAAUGAACAAGCCCUUGUUCAUGCGUAUUGUUGAUGCGUUGUCCGCUGAAAUCCCAUACUUUCAACAACGAAGAGAUGCUACUGGAAGGUUCGGCCACUCUUCAUUACAAAAGGCAACGGCAGCAAUUCGUAUGAUGGCUUAUGGUUGCACAGCUGAUGCGGUCGACGAAUACCUCCGACUUGGUCGGGCUCCGAAGGUUAAUUACAUUGUCAAUGGACACGAGUACCAUUUGGCUUACUAUCUCACAGAUGGUAUUUAUCCAAAAUGGGCUACUUUUGUCCAAUCUAUUCCACUUCCGCAAGGUCAGAAAGCAUCAUUAUUCGCUACACAACAAGAAGCUGUGCGUAAGGAUGUCGAGCGUGCUUUUGGGGAAGCAGUUGCAAUGGUUAAGGAAGUUGAAGAUCCAGAGGACUCCGCCAAGAAACUUGUGGCAGAAGCAAUCAAGAGAGUAAGCAAAGACAACAUCACAUGUGUCAUUGUUCGUUUCCUGGAUACAGCUUCUUCAAGCCACGUCAGCUCCUCGUCAUCCAAUAAAAUGCUGCCACUUGGAGACCUCAAGAUCUCAUCCAAUGAAACUAAGCAAGUCCAGAUCGACGCAGAGAACUAG